AUGGACGAUGAUGAGCCUGUUGAGCCUGAGACAAAAGAUGAGACUGAAAGCCUGCCAGCACAACAGAGCAGCAAGGAGACCCUCUACUGUGAGGCCGAACCCCUGUCGACUGUUGAAAAAGAGAAACCAGCCCGGGAGAGUUCAGAAACCGACCUAGAGAUUGAAGAUACUGAGAAAUUUUUCACCACUGGAGAAAAGGAGCUCUACCUGGAGGCCUGCAAACUGGUGGGUGCGGUGCCUGUCUCCUACUUCAUCCGGAACAUGGAGGAGUCCUACAUGAACCUCAACCACCAUGGCCUGGGCCCCAAGGGUACCAAGGCUAUUGCCAUAGCCCUGGUGUCCAACACAGCUGUUACCAAGCUGGAACUGGAAGACAACUGUAUCAUGGAACAGGGCAUCUUGAGCCUGGUGGAGAUGCUGCAAGAGAACUACUACCUCCAGGAGAUGAAUAUUUCCAACAAUAACCUUGGUUUGGAGGGGGCCAAAAUCAUCUCAGAGUUCCUACAGAGAGACUCCUCUUCGAUCUCGAAACUCGAGCUUUCAGGAAACAACCUCAAGGAUGAAGCCGCAGAGCUGCUCAGCCAAGCCCUGUCGACCAAUUACCGAAUUAAGAAGCUGGAUCUCAGCUACAACCAAUUCUCUGAUACAGGAGGAGAGCACCUGGGACAGAUGCUGGGCAUCAAUGUAGGGCUCACGUCGCUGGAUCUGAGCUGGAAUCACCUCCACAUUCGGGGAACUGUGGCCUUGUGCAACGGUCUCCGGUCUAAUGUGACCCUGAAGAAGCUGGAUCUCUCCGUGAAUGGCUUUGGGAACGAGGGGGCCAUGGCCCUAGGGGAGGUCCUCAGACUCAACGGCUCCCUGACCUACCUAGACGUCAGCGGCAACGACAUCAGCAACGAGGGAGCCUCCAGGAUCAGCAGAGGACUGGAGUACAACGAAAACCUCAAAGUCCUGAAGCUUUUCCUGAAUCCUAUCAAUGUGGACGGGGCUGUUUUACUUAUCCUGUCCAUCAAGAGGAACCCCAAAUCCCAUAUGGAAGAGCUUGACAUUUCCAACGUGCUGGUAACUGAGCAGUUCGUGAAAACACUGGAUGGAGUAUAUGCUGUUCACCCGCAGUUGAACGUGCUGUACAAGGCAAUGCAAGGCCUCUCUGUCAAGAAAACCCUCUUCUUGUGGACAAACCCCUUGAAACUGAUCCAGAACUAUGCAGACCAGCAAAACAUCACAGUGGUGGACUUCCUCAAGAGCUUGAACCCCGCCGGGACAAUGAAAAUGCGUGUGGGCGAGUUCCGGAAAGCUAUGGUACAGCAAAACAAGGUCCCUCUGAACCGGUACCAAGUCGAGGAGCUGAUAAAGAGACUGGAUGAGAAGACAGGCAUGGUGAACUUCAGUUUCUUGAAUACGCUGAAGACAUAG